AGCCGGAGGACGAGGCGGCGGAAGCCGAGCCGGCGGAGGCUGGAGCCGAAGAGCCGCUCGCGGUCCUGCGGCGGCGACAGCCAGGGCGCCGGGGGCGGGAGGCGGCGCAGGCCGGCGCCCCGGCGCGUAAUACAACAGUCUGCACAAUAGGGAAGGAAUGGUCUCUUCCAUUCGGUACUAGAGAGACCAAAUUAUCGGGCAGCAAAGAAGUGCAGUACCAAUGUGUGGAAUGUGCUAUCCUGGCCGACAAGAGAGAAUGUUACUGUGAUAGCUGAGUUGCCUUUAACUGAUUCUCAGCAGGUAUACACAAAAGCUUUCUUAGAAGAUAGAACUGAUCUUCUGGUCAUUGGGGAAAUCACCUUCAACAAACAUCUCAAGAUAAUCAUAGAAUAUCAGAGUUGGAAGGGACCUCUAGGGCCUGAAGGAAGAGAACCACAAAGCUGAGGUAUCCAAGCACCAUGUAGGCAGCUAGGGCCCUUUCUCAGGAUGGAAAUGAAGGAAGCAACUGAGGGGAGGAAUGCAAAUGUUUCUGCUGAACUCUUAAAAUAGAGUGAUUUAGGAGGGCCUGGACUCAUUGGCUGAGUUCAAUUGAACCAGGAUUUGGACCACAGAGAGAACAAAAGGGAAUGAAGAGAAUGUAUUGGUGUACACAGAGAAGUUAUCUGCCUGGUUGGGAAUAUGCAUACUGUAUUCCCAGUCAUGCAGAGAACUAUCCUAAGUCCAGAAGGUAAUUUCUAGUUGGAAACACAAAUAUAUGUCAGCUUCAAAGAAGUUUCAAUGAUAGUAGAUACAUUUAAGCACCUCCUGGAAGCCUGAUGGGGGUGGGGGAGUGGGGAAUACAGCCAAUUAGGAUGAGCAGCUGUUUCAUCUUAGAUGGGCUGCAUUCAUGUUCCCUCUUAAUCAUCUAUUUGAAUCUAAAUCCCAACAUUUUUAUAAAUGUCAGGUGGGAAAUUGGCCACUUGAUACAGUUAUAUUUAAUAGGCACAUUUGUCCUCUCACGUACAUCAAUGUAAUUCAGGAGAAACCCCAGGGAAAUCAGCGGGCUUGCGUCGGUGUACAUGAGAAGAGAAUUCAUGUUUCAGGAGAGGCUGUUAAAGUAGUGAGAUAAAUCUGAGCCGUGUAUAACUGUAGUGUAUUGAGAGAAGCAAGAGGUCGUAUCACAGGGAUUAUCAGAAAUAUAGCUCUGCUCGUGCUCUGAUGCCUAGUGUGAAGAAAGACAAGGGGCAGAUACAGUGGUACUGGAGCAUCAUUUCAAUACACAAAGUAACCUCUGUCACUCAACUGUAUUGUCUCUAUUUUUCAGUGUUUCUUUUUAGUUAGCAAGUACUUGAGCCUUUUCCUCCCAUUGGUGGAAACCUUUACCAAUGAGCUCGGCUCAAUAGAAUCUCCUUUCUUGCCAGCAUCAAAGCAAGAGGAGUUUGAGGUAUUUACUCCAUCCGCAAAAUAUGGCCACAUCUGUAUUUGGAAAAAAGGUGUAUUUUUAACAAGUUAACGAGGCUCCUUGCUUGGCAUCAGCUAAUGUAUUAAAGCUACAACUGCCUUGUCUUCACCAGGAUUUCAAUGUGUUAGUUAACAUGUUUUAAAGUUGCACCUUUUCCCCCCAGUGGAGACAAAAACUAUAUUAUAGUCAUUAUUAUUGUCAUUAGGGGACACUGAGACAAUCACUUCACCCAGAGACUUCUUAAGGAGUCUGAGUGAGUUUAACUAGAAGUAGAAUGAUACAAAAUUAGCAUUACGCACAUUAAGUGGAUUAAAAUUGGCUAAUUGAAAGGACUCAGAUUGGAAAUGGGAAUCUUCAUCAAGCAGGUGUUAUUCUAGUUGAGGCCCAUGAGAACUGGUUCUUGGCCCUGCACUGCUUAACAUUUUUUGUCAGUGGCCUUGAAGAAACCAUAAAAUGAUAAACAUAAAACUGAGAAAGUUUACAGAUGACCCAGAGAUUGAGGGAGCAGUAAAUAAAGAAGAGGACAGGUCAUGAUACAGAGUGAUCUACAUCGCUUAGUAAGCAGGGCACAAGCAAAUAUUAUGAGUUUAAGAUGGCCAAAUGUAAAGUGUCCCUUCUGGCGUUAUAAUCUGUGAACUCACUCCCCUAGUUAAGACAAAGCAGUUAUACUGGAGCAUUUGUUAAACCACCCUUGAUUCUAUUCUAGAUUACUGUCAUCUUGCUGAAAACGCAAGUAGUCAAUUCCUUGCCUGUUGUCAUAGGAAGCUCUGUUGGUGGAUUUUUGCUGUUGGCUUUCAUUAUUUUCAUCCUUUUUAAGCAAUCGGCAAACCUCGCAGUGUCUGGAAGUUCAGUUCGGACGUGCAUCUAUUAAUAUUUGACUGUGAAGGGACUGAAAGAAGCCACCAGUUCUUCCAGCAUGGUCUCCUUUUUUCCAGCUUUCCCUAAAUCACUCAGCACCUUGUUACACUCUCCAUUUCUCACAGAAGAGAUUGCUGCUGUGCAGUGCCAAAGAACCCUGAAGGGGGUAUCUACAGUAAGAUCAUAUUUGGGUGAAAAUGUUUUCUUCGUUAUGACAAAUCUGAUUGUGACCCCAAAUCAAAGGCAGGACACAUGCCCUGAGAGUACUGGCAUUCGAGACGCACUGUGCAGCAAGAACAGGGACUGCCCUGCGGGGGAAGCUGUGAUAGCUGGCAAUGGGGUCAAGACUGGCCGCUGUUUGAAAGUCGGGAGCAACACCAAUGGGACGUGUGAAAUAUUAGCGUGGUGUCCGGUGGAGAAAAAGUCCAAGCCCAAGAAACCGCUUUUAGCGAAUGCAGAAAACUUCACUGUUUACAUCAAAAACUCGAUCCGCUUCCCUAAGUUUAAAUUCUCCAAGACUAAUGUGCUAAACACUGAUGAUGAAUUCUACCUGAAAAACUGCCACUUCAGUGCACAGCACCUUUACUGCCCCAUAUUCCACCUGGGCAAACUCGUGAGCUGGGCUGGGAACAACUUUCAGGACAUGGCAUCUAAGGGUGGUGUGAUAGGAAUUCAGAUUGAAUGGGACUGUGAUCUUGAUAAACCUCCUUCUGAAUGCAACCCUCACUAUUCUUUUAGCCGUCUGGACAACAAGUUUGCGGAAAAAUCCAUCUCCUCUGGAUACAACUUCAGAUUUGCCAAAUAUUACAAGGAUGCUGAAGGAGUCGAGUACAGGACACUGAUAAAAGCCUACGGAAUACGCUUUGAUGUGAUGGUGAAUGGCAAGGCAGGUAAAUUUAACAUCAUUCCAACGAUAAUCAACGUGGGCUCAGGACUUGCGCUUAUGGGUGCAGGGGCUUUCUUCUGCGACGUGGUGCUGCUGUAUUUGAUGAAAAAGAGCAACUUCUAUCGAGGCAAAAAAUAUGAGGAAGUGAAGUCCAGUUCAAGGAAGUCUUUACCAGGUGGAACAGUGAAUGGGAACCAGAACUCAGAAUCACUGGCUACAUUAGAGCAGCAGAGACAACUACAGACAGUUGAGACCUAAGGGUCUGUCAAUUGGAAAACACGUUCCAUAAAGACUACGGUGGUAAAACACAGCAACCAAACUUUGAGGUGGAGACACCCCUGGUCAGGUCUAUUGUAUCAUUUGGAUGCCCAAAGAAGUCAGUUAUAGCUAUUCUGUUCAAGAGAGCAGUUUGCUAAAAAUAUCACACCUUCUGACCUAAGGCAUUCUUCCCUGUCUUGAGCUGAUGACACCUGUCAUUGCUACAGAAUUUUUGUAUUAUAAAGAAAAAUGUAGAAGAAACCAGGUGACAUUUUUAUAUGCACAUACAUAGAUAAUCAGCAUUAUUCCCUAGCACUGCAUUGCUUUGCUAGUGAAAGAUCACUAUCAAAGAACAUGUGGCAUUUGACAUUGUUAGGAGGGUUGAGGUUGGGAAAACAGAAUCACCUUCUGUUCAGCUGCACUGCACUGCACACCAGUUCCCAAGUCUUGCAUGAUCUACCUGUAAGAGUAGAUUGAAAUAAUUUGGGCUGCUGUUGAGAUAAAUGAGAUCUAGCGUUCCAUUCAAUUUGUCUGUAGUUCAGGUAACAUCAUACUACAGGUAAAGUGACUCUAAAGAUGUUUUCACAGGAAGAGCACUUACUAUAUAGACCAUGGUAUCCUCCUAUUUCCAUAGAAGCACUUUACCAACCCCACUCCAAAACCAACCAGGCUCAGUGAUAUUUGCAGUUGGCCUGGCAAAGCUCUCAUGAGCAAAUAAAUAUAGAACUUCUGUUAAAUCUAGUGUUUAAAAAUACCAGAAUAACCUACAGUAAAGGGAUGGGGUUUGUCCCCUAGUAAUUGGUCCAGGUAACUGGACAUUUUGGGGUACAAGAAAGCAUAGUGUGGCACAGCAGUUAGCUGAUUAGGGGAAUAUUUUGAAACAAGUUGGGUGAUACUUCUUUCUAAGGAAGUUGACAAAUGCUUGUAUAACUGGCCUGAUAACACUUUUUUGUCUGAAUUUUCUUUUGAACAAACUGCCCUUGGAAGCUGAAUGUGGAAAGAAAGUAUCAAGCAUUCAAUGUGUUAACAGCAUGCAUCAAGGCACCUGUCAAUGACAGCACAUUCAAUGACCAAGCCUCCCUUCCUUUACCAGUUGGUUUCAUCUGCUUUUCUCAGAAACUCCCUUUUAUUGUCACUGUGCUUUUUGUUUAGCUCAUGGAUGAUUAUCCUCUCUACCUUACUUACUCAUUCCUGAAAGAGGAGGAAUUUGAUACUUCUGCCAGUAGGAAUGGAUAGUCACUGUUACUGGGUCAGGCAGGCUCUAGUGAGGGACAGCUACUGUGUCUGCUCUUUCGUUAUCCAUAGUUUAAAAUGUGGGGGUGUGGGAGGGGAAUAACACCAAUUGAACUUUGUUUCCCAAGUCAUUCUGUAUCUCCUAACCCCACAAGUUACAGGAUUUAUUUAAAAGUUAGAAAUCUAAUACUUAAAACUUUUUUUUUGCUCCAUUGGUUUUUGACUCUCAAAGCUCUGUGGCCUAAAUUCAGAUGGUGAUAUAACUUCCCAAAAAACACUAGGAAGCAAAAGCACAAAAGUCAAUUCUACUUGGCUCUGUGCUUCCUUAGGAUGAAUUUGACUCACUAGCCUUGGAUGAAAAUGGUAGGUGGUGAAGAUUAAUCUGCCUUGUUUUGAAAUAUGACAUUAAUAGUCCUACAUCAGUCUUUUCACUCAAUUAAAAAACUGGUGAAUGAUGUGUUAAGGUGAAACCUGACAGCAUUAGCUUGAUGCAAACAGGACUGUGUAAACUUACUAAGCCAAUAUAACUAUCUUAACCAUCUAUACUUAAGUAGUUUUUGAAGCUGAAACAAAUAUAAUACAAUGCUGUAUCACCUCAUACUACGGUAUGAUUCAAUCAAACAGCUCAUCAGAAAUAAAAACAAGGCAAGGCUAGGCCUGCUUUGUAGUCUAAUACUUUAACCUGCCCAAAUAAUGCUACCUUGUUAGAAAGAACCUAACUCACUUCCAGAGUUGAAGACUUUAGGUCCCUCAUCACAAAAUUUGAUCCCCAUUUUUUUUCUUUAAACUCAGUACAGAGAUUAUUCAUAAACAGUAACUACCGGAUUCUCAGAGGGUUUUUUUUAAAUAGAGUUUGAUAUUUUUCUUGGAGUUAAUAUACAGCAGUGGAAUUUGUCUAUUUUAGGCCAAUGUUGCGUCUCUUCUGUAAGUUGCAUUAUUUUAGAUAAUGGUGAUUAACCAUAUACAUGCUGGUUUCUCCAUUUUGUUUUUAAAAGCAUGCACAACAUUUGAACAAGCAGCAAAGAGUCCUGUGGCACCUUAUAGACUAACAGACGUAUUGGAGCAUAAGCUUUUGUGGGUGAAUACCCACUUCAGCGGAUGCAAGCAUCUGACAAAGUGGGUAUUCAGCCACGAAAGCUUAGGCUCCAGUACGUCUGUCUAAUAAAGUGCCACAGGACUCUUUGCCGCUUUUACAGAUCCAGACUAACACAGUUACCCCUCUGAUACUCAACAUUUGAACAGUACAAGUAUAUUAAUAAAGCUGCCCAUCUAAGCAUAGCUAAAGUGCCCAUGUUUAAAAGAUGCAUGACAAUACAGAAAAAUAGCUCUGACAGAAUUAAGUAACUAGACCAUGUUAUUUUGCAGGAGACCAAAGAUAAAACUAUUGUAAAUAUAUAGUAUGGCUGACAAUAUUUAUAGUAUCAUUGUCAAUUUCCCUUUAUCAUAUAUAAUGUCUUUGUUUUAAUAUUAAAUAAAGUUUAAAAUAGAGGGAAGACUACUUUAAAAAAAGCAUUUCAAAGUAUAAGUGGGAAAAUGUUUUACACUGACUGUUCUGUCACUGGUUAGUAAUUUAUGUUUUAGAAUAGGGUGAACUGCAAAAAUGCUACUGACUAUUUGAUUUUCUCCUUGUAUGGAAAUACUGCUAAGUGUAUAUCAGUGUGCUUCAGAGCCCUGUCACCAUACAAGUGCAUAGACUAUAUACCCAUUCACUAAGAAAAUGGAUGAAGAGGGAUUGCAGGGUCUAUCCUAUAGCUAAAAGCUACAGUUUACAGCUCAGUCGGUCCUUGAUUUUUCUUGCAGAAAAUGAAGUAUAUUACCACAAUAAUGCAUUGUAUGUUUGGGGAAAUACUAAGAGUGAGUCUAUUCCAGAUCUCUGGCUGUGUGUUUGUUCACAUUAGCUAUAAUGGAUACCUAUUCAUAGGAUACUGUGGUUUCCUUUGGCAUAAUGUAGUAUGGCAGUGGAAAGCACUGUGCUACUUACUACCUUUUAUAUCUGCCAUUAAAAAAAAUGCUCUGCAAAGUCAA